AUGUCUGAGACGCGCAAGAGGAGCAGGAAGCGCUUCUGCGGACACGCGCACAAGAAGCAGAGGGGUGCACGCGAGCUGGAGGUGGGCGCGCAGGGCGUGCUCGUCACCUGCAACAUGGACGAGCGCAAGUGCACGAGCGAAGCCUUCAGUCUGCUCAACGAAUAUGCGGAUGCGCUCUAUGGCCCCGAGCAGCCUGCAGACACACAGGACAGUCUCAGUGAGGAUGAGGAGGAUGAUGAAGAUGCAGAGGCGGCUCUGAAGAAGGAAGUGUCUCAGAUACAGUCGUCUAUGAAGAUGCAUCAGCAGAGGUUCAGUGCAGUGGAGAGCGGAGCUAAUAACGUUGUGUUCAUUCGCACUCAUGGAGUCGACCCAGAGCAGCUGGUCCAUCACAUCCUGUCAGACCUCCAUCAGACGAAGAAGAGGAAGUCGCGUGUGAUCCUGCGCAUGCUGCCGGUCAGCGGCACGUGUAAAGCGUUUCCCGAGGACAUGGAGAAGUUUCUGAGUGUGUUUCUGGAGCGCUGGUUCAAAGUACCGCAGCGAGCCACAUAUCAGAUCUGCUUCAAAGCCAGAAACAGCAGCCACAACAAGAGAGAGGAGGUCAUCAAAGAUGUGGCCGGUCUGGUGGGGAAGCUGAAUCCGCUGAAUAAGGUGGAUCUGACCAGCCCUGAGCUCUCCAUCAUCAUCGAGAUCAUCAAGACGGUCUGCUGCGUCAGCGUCCUCAAGGACUACACACUCUUCCGCAAGUACAACCUGCAGGAAGUGGCCAAGGAACCAGCCAAUCAGAACACAGGCAAGCAGGAACCAGCCAAUCAGAACACAGGCCCGCAGGAGCCAGCCAAUCAGAACACAGGCCCGGAGGAAUGUGUGACUUAAGUGAAUGUGUGUCACAUGACUGUUUUAAAAUCAUUUCUACACAGUUUGUGUGUUUUGUUCAGGCUUUUGUUUUUUCUUCUGUAUGUUGGUUGUUUAUUUCCAGUUUCUGUUCAUUGUAUGGGACUCUUGUGUCAUUUUGGAAACAUUUUCCUCUAAAAAGAAGACAGAGGUGUGGAAAUCAAAUAAAUCAACUAAAAUAA